CACAACGUAACAAGGCAUUUAAUACAAAUAAAUUGAGAAAAAAAAAGGAAAAAAAAAUGAAAUGACCUGAGCACAUUGCAGACUGUGUUGGUCAAGGGGAAAGGAGAAAUCAAACAUGGGGCACGGCGGCUACGGUAAUCGCAGAGCCGCCGCCGAGCGGAAGAAACCGGCGGGACAACGGCGUACUAAAGCCCUAACAGUUGACAAGAAGUCCAAGUCCACCAAACCCAAAGCCGUCUCUCUCAAAAAUCAUAUACGCUCCAUCGAGCGCAUGCUCCGCAAAGAUCUGCCACAUGAAGUCAAGGAGGCACAAGAGAAGAAGUUGGAGGGGCUCAAGAAACAACAAGAAAUCCAAAACCGUCUGGCCGUGGAGCGAAAAAUAUUUCUACGGAACAGGAAGAUCAAAUUUUUUGAAAGAAGAAAGAUUGAGCGAAGGAUAAGAAGGUUGGAAAAGCAGCAGCGUGUUUCAUCUGGUCAGGUCCAGGAAGCAGAGAUUGCUGAUCAGCUAACAAAAUUAAAGGAAGAUCUUGAAUAUGUUAGGUUCUUCCCCAAAAAUGAGAAGUAUGUUUCCUUGUUUAUGGGAGGCGAUGAUACAGAUAUUGUAGAAAAGAGAAACAGCUUGCGUAAGCAAAUUAAGGCAAAUCUAGUUGCUGCUGCAGCAAGUGGGAAGGAUUUGGAAGAAACAGGGAGUGAGGAUGAUGGGCUUUUGGAUCCAAGUGAUGAUGAUUUCUUCUUACAUGGAAGCUCCAGCGAUGAGGCUGAUGCUGAUGAUGAGUGGACUGACAAAAGCGCUAGGGAACAAGCCUCCAGUGCCUCGGGUAAGGCUGCUUCUGGGGUGUCUAGCGAUGAAAGGAAUCAGAGUCAGAGACAGAUUUUAGCUCGUGCUCUAAUGCCUCCUCCCGGUCCAUCCUGCAGACAGUUUUCUAGUUCAGUGAAAAAAAAAUCGAGAUUUGCUGGUUCUUCUAAUAAGUCGUAUAAUAGAGGUGAUGUAUUUACAUCAAGCAACACAUCCAGUAGCUUUGAUCGAUCUUUGUCAAGAAAGAGAGGGUUGAUGGGCUCGACCACCGGAAACAGCGGUAAUCAAAGUUCCAAUUCGGAUGCCAGAAAACCUCGAAGAAAGAGGAGGCCCAAGAAGAAGAAGCAACAGGAGUAAUAGAUUUUGGUGUUAUGAAAUGCGUGUCAUUUACGUUUGGGAAACCUUUAUUUAGUAAUGAACCAUGUUGUUCAAACAUUCAGUUUUCUGUUAGAGCCCUUGUUUUGUGUAUCUGCCAUUUACAUUUCUACAUCUUACUACUUGUUUUGUGUUUCUGCCAUUUACAUUUAUAUAUCUUACAACUUGUUUUGUGUUUAUGCCAUUUAUAUUUAUAUAUCUUACAGUUUUACUUUGCG